AUGAGUGAAUGUACUUGUAGUAGUCCGGAAGAAGCCAUUGCAAAACUAGCUCAGCAAGGUGGGAAAGUCGAUGAAGAUACAAUCGCACAGCUUUACGAUCAAUUGAAACCAAUCGAGCCCUCAUUUUUGUGCAAAGAUAGUGGUGAAUGGGAAGGUGGUGUCUUCGAUACUGGUCACUCUGGUAUUGCAGUAGUGAAGAACAUUAAUUGGGCAGGCAAAACAUUUAAGUCAGAAAAUGAUGUGGAUUCAGCAAUGGUAUAUGACAAGGAUGGCAACCGUGUUUGGUGUGAACAAUAUGGUCAUGGUCGAUGUAUUACUGAUAAUCGUUAUCAUCAAGCAGAAAUUCCAGGUGUUAAUGGAAUAACAAAUGCUCGAUCUGUUGCAAGAUUUUAUGCUUCUUUAGUUGAAGACUUAGAUAAUCGACAACAAAAACGAUUAUUGAAUGAAGAUAUUAUGAAGAAAGCAACAAUAUCAAAUACACCUGAGAAUGAUAUUGAUCUUGUACGAGGUUAUCCGAAUGCAUUUGCAAUGGGAUUGCAAGUUUUUGAUAAUGAUUUAAAACCAUUUGGAUCAGAAAUAUUUGAUCAUGAAGGUUUAUUUAUUAAUUAUUAA